AUGAGGCUAUUACAGGGAAAGCCGCUCUACUUGGCCGCGACGGUCGCUCUGUUUGCGAUGAGCACUUCGGCACAAACCACAGCAUUACCAGACCUUUCGACUGCGACAGAGGAAAAGUCUACACCAACGGCUACAGCCUCGAACACAGCAUCGAACACGAAUUCUGCGACGAGAUCUGCUGCAUCGUCGGGAACAACAGAAGCUGCGGACGACAACGAUGCGACAUCUUCAUCGAGAAGCGCUAUUACCACAGGUCGUAUCACCGGCUCGGGUUCCUCUGCAGCGUCUAUAACUGCCCCAAGUAUAACGGUUAGCAUAACUGGAGAUGCUACGGCCACCGAUGGUGGUGCUCUUACCGGUCUGCCAACAUUAUCAGGCGUUUACAAGAUCUAUCCAGCGUCAGUUCCACCAACCCAGAAUGCACCGUACAUGCAGAAGUCAACACUGCCUGAAGGCACUGUGUUUAUUGCUGUAGGAUCCAUCCUGGGGUUUAUGGCAUUGGGAGUUCUGUUGUGGCGUGCCCUUGUCGCAUGGUCUCUUCAUCGAUCGGUCAAGCGUGCAGCUAUGCACCAAAACAUGACCGACAGCAAAGCCUUGUUCAGAACCCCCGUUGCUCCAUUCUAUAAAGACUACCAUGAUCGGGACUCAACUAUUUCACUAGGUGGACUUGGUAAAAGUGGAAAGAAGAAUAAGGGAGAAAAGGGUGGACUUCCUCGACCAUCAACAGCUAACGGGCUAGCAAGUACAAGCUCUCUGUUUUGGUCUCCAACUGCAGGCGCUGCCGCUUCUGGUACUGGUGGUCUCAACACUGCAGGGAACCGUGCUUCAAGUUAUCUUCCUGCUGGAUAUUAUGCUGCUGGAGCUUCUUCGCCAGCGAACGGUCAAUCCCACAUAUCACUAGGUCAUGGAAACAACAUUUCCAUGUCAAAUUUGGGACCUGGGUCAGCUGCAGGACUCGCAAGACCAAGAAGUGUUGGACAAACACCACCAGAUAGUCCUCAUUUGACAUCUAGCCGUGGCCACAUGGCGAGUAGCAGUACUUUGAACCUGAAUUCGGCCUACAAUGGUGACCAGCGUGCGCCUAGUGCGUAUCUGGAGGAUCUCUUCGACGGCGAAAAUGGACCACCAGUGCCGGGACAUCAACACAACAGAACGGGCAGCGGUGGUCGACUUUAG